AGCUCACCCUGAGGGAGUUAAGGCCUUUCUUACAACUUGCGGGCGGUGCAGAGGCGGGUGCUGAGGCUCAAAGGGGCUGCUCUACCUCGGGGCCUCCUGCGGCGCGGCCUCGGGACUCGCUCCCGGGCGACCUGCGCUGCCGGUCAGGCCAGUGGUGUGGUCCGGCCACUUCGUGGGGCAUCGCUGGAACAAGCAGCCCUCGGGUGUUGGGAAGGGCCCAGCGUGGAGACUCGAAUGAAAAGUGACCUGGAGAGUGGUAGAGCUGUGCCGCAAACUCGAAUGAAAAUGACCUGAAGGGUGGUAGAGCUGUGCCGCAAACUGCUCUCAGUGCGUGGAUUAAGAUUACAAUGAGUGCACCAAAUAAGGCGAUAGAACUGCAGCUGCAAAUGAAGCAAAAUGCUGAAGAGCUGCAGGAUUUUAUGAGAGAAUUGGAGAGCUGGGAGAAAGAUAUUAAAGAAGUGGAUUCUGAACUCAGGAAACAGAGUGGGGUCCCAGAAGAGAAUUUGCCACCAAUUCGAAACAAAGUUUUUAAGAARAAGAAGAGCAAAAGUAAAGUCCCUUCAAAGAUAACCUCUGAGGAAAACAAGAAAAACAAGAUCAAGUCUUAUGAUUAUGAAGCAUGGGGAAAACUUGAUGUGGAUAAAAUACUUGAAGAACUUGAUAAAGAAGAUAGUCCUCAUGAUUCUGUAUCUCCAGAAUCAGACUCUGAAGAAGAUGGAAUUCGUGUAGAUGCAGAAAAGGCUCUUGCAGAGAAGGAAAAGGGUAAUAAUUAUUUCAAACAAGGAAACUUUGAUGAAGCUAUAAAAUGCUAUACUAGAGGGAUGCAUUCUGACCCAUACAAUCCAGUAUUGCCCACAAACAGAGCAUCAGCUUUUUAUAGAAUGAAAAAGUAUUCUGUUGCAGAAUCUGACUGCAAUUUAGCUCUCGCUUUAGAUAAGAAUUACAUAAAGGCUUAUUCCAGAAGAGGUGCUGCUCGCUUUGCUUUGAAAAAUCUUCAAGGUGCUAAAGAAGAUUAUGAAAAGGUUUUGGAGCUGGAUGCAAACAACUUUGAUGCCAAAAAUGAACUGAAGAAAAUUAAUCAGGCUCUGUUAUUAAAAGAAAGCUCARAACAGAAAGAGUUUGAAAAUGGGGUCAGAACAGGAUUAACAGAUGAAGAGAAGCAGCGCAUUGAAGACCAGCAGCUCAAGCAGAAGGCAAUUGCAGAAAAAGAUCUCGGUAACGGUUAUUUCAAAGAAGGAAAGUAYGAGGCUGCAAUAGAAUGUUACACCCGUGGAAUCGCAGCAGAUGGCACUAAUGCACUGCUGCCAGCUAACAGAGCCAUGGCCUACCUAAAGAUUGAGAAGUACAAAGAGGCAGAAGAUGACUGCACACAAGCUCUGCUCUUAGAUUCUUCCUAUUCUAAAGCUUUUGCCAGAAGAGGAGCUGCCAGAGUUGCUCUUGGAAAGCUAAAGGAAGCUAUUCAAGAUUUUGAAGCUGUUCUGAAGCUGGAACCUGGAAAUAAACAAGCAAUAAACGAACUCACUAAAAUAAGGAAUGAAUUAGCUGAGAAAGAACAGCAGACUCACCAAGAAUAUCCUGCAGUUUUGAUAAAAGAAACGGAAAUAAAAAAUAUAGUGAAAAUGAUUGAUAAUCCAUUGCAGAUUAAAUCAACAAAGCCAUUGCGAAGAAUAGACAUUGAAGAAGUUGAUGAUGAUAUAUCAGAUGGUGACUUGCCCAGCACUGUUUCUUUAGUCGAUAACUGGAGGAAUUUAGUGAGUGUUGAAACAACAGAGAGUCUAAAUCAGGAUGAUCUGUUGACUACAGUGGACACUCCGAAAGCAAAGCACUUGAAAAUAGAAGAGAUCAGUGAUGUGUCACCAUCACAGGUUCCUGUUAAUGUGAAAGGAAUGUCAUCAACAUUGCAUCCAUCUUUUCCUGCAAGCAAACAGAGAGAAAAUGAAAUCAGAAGGUCAUUUAUGUCUGCUUCUCCAGUUCCUCCCAUUCCUACAAAUUCUUUCCAGCUUGAAUCUGACUUUCGGAAGUUGAAAGACUGCCCAGAAAACAUGUACUUGUACCUGAAGCAAAUAGAGCCCUCGCUUUAUGCAAAGCUAUUUCAGAAAUCCUUGGAUCCAGACUUGUUUAACCAGAUCCUGAAAGUUCUACAUGACUUCUACAUUGAGAAAGAGGAGCCAUCGCUCAUCCUUGAAAUCCUCCAGAGGCUCUCUGAAUUAAAAAGAUUUGAUAUGGCAGUAAUGUUUAUGUCAGGUUCAGAAAAAAAAAUUACACAGGUUUUAUUCAAUCAUGUGAACCACAUGGGAUUAAGAGAUGCUUCUGUUGAAGAAUUGGAGAAGAAAUACGGCAUUUUCUCAUAGCAAGAUGGCUGACAUGUAAAUUUCUGGGUUUGCACUUUUUUUCAUGUGGAAAUCAGCUAAGAAGUCUAUAAAGACUGGAAUUUUGUUGSUUUUUAUAAAUAAUGAAACUCUUAAACUUGGGUUAGCCAAAUGGCAAGUGCCUGAAGAGAUCAUUAUUUAGUUCUACAGUACACUUGUUUUCCAGUACCUGAAACAAUAUGGGUCUACUUUCUGAUUCCCUGAAAAGCAAUUGGGCAGAUUGGCAUUCAGGAUUUGGACUGUAGAUAGAGAUCUUUAUUAAAAGGAAAAAAUAUUUAUAAACAUGUCUUUGGUAAGACUCAACUGCUGUAUAUUAGAAUUAUGCAUGGGUUUUUUAUUUUAGAAAAUAAACUGAAUGUUGAAUUGAAGAUACUAUAUUUUUAAGGAUUUUUUUUAUUAAGGUGCCUAAAUCACUCUUCUGUAGAGAUCCAUCACGUCAGUACUUGGACUGGGCAAAGUGAGACUGAGGCAUGAUGGCAAGAAAAUUCCAGAAUUUUUACUUGAGUUUAUCUAAAAGUGGAGUUUUAGCAUUGAUAGCUGAGAACCUGUGAGCCUAUUCCUGUGAAYGUCAAUUGUAAUUGCAGAAUUGAAGGAAGACAAAUACUGUAGAAUUAAUCUA